AUGGAUCAACUUCGUACCGCUCUCCAACCCAUAACUCACAAUCUUCCCGCGCCCAUCAAAGACUUGGGAGUUUCCCUCAUCGGAGAACAAUGCUACAAGACCCUCCUCCUCGACAUUGACCCAUCCCACACCGAAUGUCUUAAACUUGCCAUUUCUAAAGGUCUAGGAGUAGGAAUCAUCGCCGCCUCCUCCAUCGUCAAGAUCCCGCAACUCCUCAAACUCAUCUCCUCCAAAUCCUCCUCCGGAAUCUCCUUCCUGUCCUACCUCCUCGAAACAUCUGCCUACCUUAUUUCUCUCGCCUACAACUACCGAUCCGAGUUUCCUUUCAGCACAUAUGGCGAAACGGCUCUGAUUAUGGUGCAGAAUGUGGUUAUUGCCGUGUUGGUAUUGAAUUACAGCGGAAGAGCUAGUACCGCUGCUCUGUUCGUGGCUGGAUUGGCUGCCAGUGCCGUUACGCUAUUUGGUGGAAAUAUGUUGAAUAUGCAACAAUUAGCAUACCUGCAAGCUGUAGCUGGAGUUUUGGGAGUGGCAAGUAAACUGCCGCAAAUUUUGACUGUUUGGCAAGAGGGAGGAACAGGACAGUUGAGCGCUUUUGCUGUCUUCAACUAUCUCGCCGGUUCUCUCUCCAGAAUCUUCACCACCCUUCAAGAAGUAGACGAUAAACUUAUUCUCUACGGAUUCAUCGCCGGUUUCGCUCUCAACGCCAUCUUGGCUUUACAAAUGGUAUACUACUGGAAUUCCCCCAGCAAGACUAAGAGCAAGAGCACCAAGAACAAGAGCAAGAAAUCUUCGAAUGGGAAGCAAAAGGAGAAGGUUCCUGUUGCAGCUUCUCCUACUGCAUCCACAACCCCGUCGCAAAAGAAUACGGCUAAAAGCCCUAGUACACGUAGACGUGGAUAG